CCGAGUUACCACAAUCACGCUUCAGAUACUACUUGUCUUAUCAAAGAAAAUGGCUAAACGAUUACGUUCUAAUCGCUUUACAUCAGUACGUGUGAAUCAAAAAGUGUUUACGAAGCAUAAAACUGUAUUGGACGCGAACUAGUUACGUUUGUUGUGGGCCGGAGCGUUAUUUUCAGAAUGUCAUCCACUUCGUCGCCGGCUGGGAGAAAAAUAGUUCUCAACACAUUGCUCGAGACGGAUCACUACGGAGGCCUGAUCAAGGAGUUGACGUGUACCAAAUGUAACACGUACAUGAGGCCACCCAUCCACCUCUGUGUGGAUGGGCAUAGUCUGUGCGGCAAAUGCUAUGAGAAGAGCUACCAGUGUCAUAUAUGCAAGAAAGAAUACUCCACGAUCAGAUCGACGGCGCUCGAGUCUUUGGCGAACAAGGUCCUGUUCCCGUGCACGAACCCGGGCUGUCCCAAACAUGCGGUUCUCACCCAGCUUGACAAGCACUACGCGCAUUGCCAGUUCCGCAUCAUUGAUUGCUUCAUGGCUAGAGUUUAUGGGGACUGCAAAUGGAAAGGUCGUGCCGGCGACUGGAUGGACCAUUGUUUCAUGGAACAUAGUGAGAAGGUCACAGAACUCCCAUUUAUCACCGUGAAAAACCGAUGGGACGCGAAGAGAACGGAGCCUGUGCUCAACUACUUUCUACUGAGGUGUUACGACCGAAUAUUCAAUGUGUACCAGAUUUAUGAUAAGAGAGGAGGAAGAAUGAUGUGGACAGUUCUUGUGAAUGAUGACCAUGCUGAGAAAUUUUAUUUCGAAGUGGACAUCUUCCUGCCAAACCUACCAAGCAAAAGGAUUGUUUAUAGACGGCCAUGCAAGUGCGAGAAAGAUGCAGACUUUCUGGAGCACACUCAGAACGUGUACAUUCCCGUAGAGAACGUGUUCUCUAUGUUAGACGAGGAUGAGUCUGUCAACUUUAUUGUCAGAAUUGGUGAGGUAGAAAAUCUGCCGAUUUUCGAUACCCCUACACCCAGUGAGAGCAUCAUUUUACUUCACAACGAUGACCGCAAGGAUGAAUAAAAACAUUAACACGAUCAUAUCAUAUUAUUUUAAAAAUAAAAUAUAUAUUAAAUUUUACAUUUAAUACUAUAGUUCUUGUCAAAUAAGUUUGCCUCUCUGAAGUCAGCCAUUUGACACAUCCAUGCAAAAUAAUGUGUUAUUUGAACAUAGUGACUAUCGUAAAUUUACUAUUCGCAGCAAAUAUAUUUGAUGAGAACUGAA